CUGAAUCGUGGACAUGGGUAACACGUGCUCCGAGACGGAUACGAAGCAGCAUUCGGAGAAGCAGGAGUCGGGGCUAUCAUCUACAACGGUUCCGUUGCGUGACGAGGAGCGACAACAAGACGUCGCGUCUCCCCGCACGCGGUUUGUGGUCGCACGACGCAGCCAAUUGCGAGAGGGCGAAAUGCGUGAAGUUGAUGUCGGAGACUCGAAAGCAUUGCUGGUAUGUCAGAAUGGACGGGUCACCGCCAUAGGGCACAAAUGUACACACUACGGUGCACCCCUAGUGAAAGGUGCUCUGGGAAAUGGGAGAGUGCGUUGCCCUUGGCAUGGGGCUUGCUUCAAUGUUAUAACAGGCGAUAUUGAGGACUUUCCAGGUCUCGAUGGAGUUUCGUCUUUUGAGGUUGUUGUGGACGCUGACAAUGUCAUCAUUGAGACACCUUCAGAUGCACCAAAUACUCACAAGAGAACACUUCCCAUGGUGAAACAAGAUUUACAAAAUGAUUCACGUGUCUUCCUACUGAUUGGCGGUGGAGGAGCAUCAGUAUCAUGUGCUGAAACACUCAGACAGCAAGGAUUUAAAGGGAGGAUCAUCAUUGCCUCUAAAGAAACCGACUUUCCAUACGAUAGACCAAAGUUAACGAAGGCCAUGUCUGCAACUGGGAAAGAACUACAGCUACGAUCACCGGAAUUCUUCUUAUCGUUUGACAUCGAAGUGCAACUGUCCAAAGAAGUCACUGGUAUUGACUUGUCAACAAAGACGGCACAAUUCUCUGAUCACACUUCCGUUUCAUAUGACAAAGUUCUUAUUGCUACCGGCGGAAUACCGAGAUCGUUGAACAUUGCAGGAUCACACCUCAAGAAUAUCUACGUCCUUCGUACACCACAACAAGCCAACGACAUCAUUUCUUCAUGCGUGGGCAAGAACGUUGUCAUCAUCGGCUCUUCUUUUAUCAGCAUGGAGUCGGCUGCAACUCUUUCCAGUAAAGCAAGUAGUGUCACGGUGGUCGGACGAAGUAAGACGCCGUUUGCUCAAGUAUUGGGUGAACAAGUUGGUCAAGCAUUACUCAAGAUGCACAAAGAAAAAGGAAACAAGUUUGUGUUCGGGAUGACACCAACUGAAUUCGUCGGUGAUGACGAUCAACUGACGGGGGUGACACUGAGCAAUGGACAAACACUUGCAGCUGAUAUAUGCCUCAUUGGAGCCGGUGUGGUGGCAUCGACGGAUUUUCUCAAGGGAAGUGGCGUGCCUAUGACCAGUGAGGGAUACAUCAUUGUCGACGAGGGAAUGAAGGCGAUGGACAACGUUUUCUCAGCUGGAGAUAUCGCGUACUUUCCACUGCCGUGGGCCGGCCAAUCGGUCAAUAUCGGUCAUUGGCAAAUAGCACACUCACAUGGGCGAGUUGCAGCAAAGGCAAUGUUGGGUAAAGAUGUGCAGUUCGAUAGCAUUCCGUUCUUCUGGUCACAGAUGUUUGGCAAGAGUAUACGAUAUUGCGGUUAUGCACAGUCGUUUGAUGAUGUUGUCAUCGAUGGCAGUCUCGAUGAACUGAAAUUCGCUGCGUAUUACAUCAGUGGUGAGACUAUUCAUGCGGUGGCCGCAAUGAACCGGGAUCCUCUCGUGUCUCAAGUCGCCGAACUGAUGUACGCCAACAAAAUGCCACCUACCUCACUAAUCAGAGAUGAUCCGGCUGGGUGGCUCAAGCAAUACUUUCCAACAGAAAACUGAAGGACGUUGAAUAAAUCACCAGGAAAACACACGAAAUAAUGAAAUUACAAACAUCAAUUUUGACAUAGAAACUAUACUAUUUACCACUUGAAUCUGAUUUUAUUCGUUAACAGUUAAUUUCAGCACCAGUGCUGCGAAGUAGUCAAGAAACAGAAAUUUUUCCAAUAAAACUCACAAA